AUGGCGCUAUCCCUCCGCAAAUGGACGGACGUGCCCGCAGAGCGGGGCGACCUUCUGAUGUCAGGGCCGGACGAACAUCUGCCAAUCACUAACUACAUGAUCCCAUACGUGCCAUACGGCCAUCAAAUCCUGAUUGGAAUGACAUCCGGAAUGACGAUCAAGAACUUCGACCUUCUUGUCACCAACACAGAUGAUGCGAUCCAACUAGGUUAG